CAUGGUGGAAAGCUAAGCUCACUUGACCCAUUUGACUGGUUUAGAAUUUGAAAAUUCGUGCGUUUCGCGCUUUCUUUUCACUCCCUUUUAUCAUAAAUUAGAUUUCUUUAUAAUACUUUAUUUCGGUUCGGAAUGCUUGAGGUAUUAGCCAAAGUUUUGAGGCUGAGGUGAUCACAAAGUAACAGCUCUCUUCAGAAAAAUCCAUCCGUCCCAAACGGGAAAAGAAACAACAAAGAUGUCUGGCCACUAUGUUCAGCUUUGCCCUAAUCCUCUCCGGUUUGAGCCUGUGACCAAAGAAAACAGUGUAUUUUUCGACGAAGCAAACCGGCAGGUCUUCUCUGUUACCAGUGUGGAUGGAAAAACCUGUGUUGUAGUCAGAGGUCCUGAUCUGAAGUCAUUUGUCGUCUUCAACAUACAAACAAUGGGAUAUGUACAGUCAAUUAAAUUCUCCUAUGAUCGCAAGAUACUAGCAAUCCAGAGAUCCUUAAAAGUUGUGGAGUUCCUUAACUUUGCAGAUGGAAUUGAUAGCCAACCGUAUAGUCAGACAUGUAAGAGCAAGUCUGCCCACGUUAUUGGUUUCAACUGGACUAAUUUGAAUGAAAUUGUCUUUAUUACAAAUCAAGGUCUAGAAUUUUAUCAGGUAUUACCAGAAAAGCGAAGCCUUAAAAUGAUAAAGAACUAUAGUGUGCAAGUCAACUGGUUUGUCUUCUUGCCUGAGAGUGCGGUUCUUCUAUUGUCUUCAUCUGGCCUUGGAAAUGUUAUUCAUCCAUAUCACUUUAGGGCAGGGUCUGUCAUGAGGCUACCAAAGUUUGAGGUAGAUAUCCCUGCAGCCUCCAAAGCUCAGAAAACUGCACUGUUGGAAAGGGAUGUCACUCUUGCAAACAUCGAUGGCCAGCUCUACGUGGUAAUUCUCAGAAACCAACAGAGAAGUCAAACAACUGGACCAACUGGGGCAGAGAUAGUUCUCUACCAGCUACAGCGAGAUAUCCCAGCCAAGAAGGUAGCUGUUCUUCAACUAAACAUGAACGGAAGAUUUGCAGUCAAUGUUGUGGAUAACCUGGUAAUUGUCCAUCAUCAAACUUCAAAGAUGUCUUUGUUGUUUGAUAUUCGACUUGGAGGAGAUUUUGAUGGACAGAUCACAUACUUUCAACCAGUGCUUGCACCUUUGCCACUUGAACAAGCAGUCUUGCAAUCAGAUGAGAAGGAUUCUACAGGUGCAGUUAAAAAGAAGAGGGUUUUCUGUGAAAUGUAUUCUCAAAACUGGAUUGUGUUUCAACCAAACAUCAUUAUAGAUGCUAAACUUGGCUGUUUGUGGGAGGUUGUGAUUAAGUUGGAGCCCUUAGUUGCCAUGAUUGGUGACAAGGGCUUGUUGAUUGACUUCCUACUUCUGAGAAAAGAAAGCAAAAUGGUGAUUCUAACAGUUUUCAAACAAGCUUUAACACCAGGAAGGCAGAGUGGCCUUCCAGUCAUAGCUCGCAUGUUUGACAAAGUGAACUUGGUGUACAGAAAUUACUCUCUGGAAGCUGAACAAAAUGCACAACAGUCAAGUGAUGGUUCCAAGAGCCCAUCUCCCCAAAAACAGGUCUCUAGAUGCCAGACAGUUGUCAGUCAAGAAGACAUGUAUUCCAAUGUGCUUUCUACAUUUGUUGAGAGUAAGAAAGUGAAGUAUAAAUUCAUGGUUGCUGUGCUGGUGGAGUAUAUACGCUCUUUGAAUCAGUUUGAGAUUGCUGUAGAGCACUAUCUCUAUGAGCUGAUCAUAAAUCUUCUGGUACACAACAAGUGUUUCUACCAAUUGCACCAGUUCCUGCAAUACCAUGUCAUUAGUGACUCUAAACCGCUGGCAUGUCUGAUGCUGUCCCUGGAGAGUACUUACCCUCCUUCAUACCAACUGGCCUUAGAUAUGCUAAAGAGACUCAACACAGCCAAUGAAGAAAUAAUUGAGGUUCUUCUCUCAAAACGUCAGCUGUUGCCUGCCUUGCGCUAUGUGCGUGCCAUAGGUGCAGAAGACUCUGUAUCACCCCGAAAGUUCUUAGAGGCUGCUUCAAAUCCUGAGGACUCCAUGCUUUUCUAUACUGUAUACAAGUUUUUCGAACAACGUAAUGUGCGGCUCCGUGGAAGCCCUGACUUUGCUCCAGGGGAACACUGUGAUGUGUAUGUUAAAAAGUUUGAGUGCCGUUUUGGGUCAAAUCGAAAUGCACAAUCAAGCAGCAACGGUGGAGUCAACUGAAUGGGGUGGCAGCAUUAUUAGAGACAAGUGUUAAAUAAGAUGAAGAAUGCAGAGUAAAGCUGAAGAUGGAGCAAGUUUCCUGUGCAUCAAUGUCCCCAGUGAGAGGCUAAUGGCUGGCAGAAGGUUUUUAGAUUAUAACCUGAAUGUACAGGAUAAAGUGUCAAGAUUUUAGGAGUAGAGCUGAUGUAAGAAAGAAAUGGUUGACAUUUCAGGCUUUUGGCUUGUGGGUUCAAGGGGAAUAGUGUGUGUACUAGAAAAACUAACAGAUGGCAGUGUUCCUGGCUGUGACCAUUUUGGUAGUGGUGGUGACUAAUUUGCAGCAGAAGUCACUAAUCUGGUUAGCUGUAUUCAGCUGUGAGGUUGAAAGUUAAAAAGUCUUUCAUAAGUAAAUAUAGCUUUACUCCAAAGAGAAGUAUUGCAUCCAUGGGUUUAGUAUGUCUUCUGACAAUGGGUCACCAUAUGGCAACUUGGACAAAAAGUUGAGCUUGGAGCACAGGAGAGGUUGGGCUCAGGAUAUAUGGGAGGAACCGGUGCAAUUGUAAAUUCUCAUUUUUUUUUAUCUGCAAUUCCUAUAUGCCCCAGUUCUCUUUCAUGCACUGCAGUUUUUCAUUGCCUGCCAAAACUGUAAGCCUAUGGUGAGCUGGAAUAUAAAACUAAGUAUAAAAGGUGGGAGAAAAAGAAGAUCAUCACUUGUACAACUUUAUUUCUUUUCAAACUCUUAAUCUGUCCCAACAUAGACCUUGCAAGUUUUCUUUCAUUUUUUUUUUUCAUUUUAUAAAAGAAUUUUAUGUUGUAUCUAACUGUGAAUUGAACUCAGUGAUCAUACCCAUAAAAUUAAAUACAAAAUUUGGAGAGAAGAAAUUCAUAUCUAGAAUUGUUGCCGAAUAAGUUUUUAUAGCAUUUUGAAAUUGUACUAAAAAAUGAGGUACCCCAUCAAGUGAAGAAAAAUACCUUCUAUUGCCAAGCUAAAAUAACAUGGAACAAACUUAAAAAAAAGAAACAUAUUUAGUUUUCAGUCACACAUUACAUUUAUCCUGUAAUGUGUGAUAAAGCUAGAAAAUACAUAUCUCAAUCAUCAAGUGAGAAGUGGUAAAAACCCUUGAAAUAAUUUUUUUUCGAUGUAUCAAAAUUGGUGUCUUUUUGACUCUAGACGAACUCAGUCUUGUGCUUUUUUGGCACUAGGUAUAGUUAAUAAAUACAUUCUGUCAUAAUUAUUAACAUGUACAUUUAACAAUGUAUAUACAGACUAAUUUACAAUUUACAGGGGGCUGCAACAGUCUUGAAUAUCUAUAGCUCAAGUUCACCAGCAAUAAUCUAGGAUAUAAUUUAGUAGUAAUGAAUCACACAAUUAGAUAUACUUGUAAACCUUUCCUGAAUUGAAAAACACAAUUUAGAAUUAUAUUUACCAAUUGAAUAAAAAAAAAAUUUUGAAGAUUUA